AUGGCGCAGGCUGCCCUCUUGUGGCUGUGGCCAUUGAUGAGAAUAGCCAGACUGCUUUUAGAUGGGCUCUGGAUAAUAUCGUCGCUAGAGGGCAGACCCUCAUCGUCAUCCAUGUCAACACCAAAUCCUCGUGUUCAUUGCAAAGGUAUCGUACUCGAGGACCCCAAUGUAUCCAAAGCAAUUGUUGAGUUUGUUUUGCAGUCUUCAAUAGAGAAGCUAGUGAUCGGUGAGUCGCCUAAAGGCGAAUUCGACAGGAGCACAAACCUGAGUUCAAGCAUCAGCAAAGCUGUGCCUGAUUUUUGUACAGUCAUUGUCAUCUCGAAAGGGAAGGUGUCCUCGCUGAGGAGUGCUGUUAAGUCAGCUCCACCACCUCUCCGGCCGCAAAGCCCCAUCCAAGCAGCUCCUAAACCUGAAAUUCUAAGCAAUAUCCCUAGAAAUGUCAAGAAAGUGCCAAAUGAGACUGGAUUGGCUCCAUGGAAUUUGCAUAAAGAAACUGAAUCGAUAAAGUCACCUUUCACCAGAGGAGGGAAUAUUUCUUCAACAAGAUCAUACGAGAAUGCACAGUCCAAUUCUCUAACAAUCAUGAAUGAAGAAGUGGAAGGAAGGAUGAGACAAUUGAAAUUGGAGCUGAAGCAAACGUUGGACAAGUACAACUCGGCCUGCAAGGAAGCGCUCACUGCGAUGCAGAAGGCAAAGGAGCUUCAACAAUGGAAGAUGGAGGGGCAGAGGAUGAGAGAAGCUCAUGUGGAAGAGGAGGUAACUCUGGCUUUGGCGGAGAAGGUGAAGGCUUAG